CUGACACCUCCCCCGUCACUCCCCCCCCUGCCCCCCAAAAAAAAACUCUGCCGCCAAAUCCUUCGCAUCUAUACCACCACCAAUGCCAACAACCCAAUCUUCCUUACUCUCCCAUACACAUCAUUUUAUUUGAGACAUUUCAUCGAACACUUUAUCUCACCUAGCGAGCGAAACCCGAGUCCAAACCCAUGUCAGGCUCGAGACGUUACUCGCUAGGUAGUAGCCCGCCGCAGAUGGGCGGGUCGACGACUCCGGAUCUGAAGCAGCGGGUUAUAGGCUGCAUUAAUAAACUCUCUGACCGUGACACUCUAGCCAUUGCCACCAACGAGCUCGAGUCCAUUGCUAGAAACCUCACACAGGACUCGUUUGCUACGUUCUUGAUCUGCAUUCACAACACCGACGCGUCGUCCAAGCCGCCGGUGAGGAAGCAAUGCGUGUCGUUGCUUACGUUGAUGUCCAAUUUACACGGCGACGCGCUGGCGCCGUUUCUGUCGAAGAUGAUCUCCACCGUCCUCCGCCGCCUCCGCGACCCCGACUCGGCCGUCCGCUCCGCCUGCGUCGACGCCGUCGCCGCCAUGUCGGCCAAGAUCACGACGCCGGAGUUCGCGGUUUCGUUUCUGAAGCCGUUGAUGGACACGCUGGCGGCGGAGCAGGACCUCAACUCGCAGAUCGGCUCGGCGCUCUGCCUCUCCGCCGCGAUCGACGCCGCGCCGGAGGUGGAGACGGCGCAGCUGAGGAGGAGCCUGGCGCGGCUCGGGAAGCUGGCGAAGAGCGAGGGGUUUAAGGCCAAGGCGGCGCUGAUGGUGCUCAUCGGGAGCAUGGUUGGCGCCGGCGGCGCGUCGAGUAAAGGCGCGUUGGAUUGGCUCGUGCCGUGCGUGGUGGAGUUUCUGAGCAGCGAUGACUGGGCUGUGAGAAAAGGCGCGGCGGAGGCGCUCGGAAAAGUAGCCACGGCGGAGUCAGAUUUGGCGCCACUCUAUAAAGCUUGUUGCUUGAACGCUUUGGAAAGCCGGAGAUUUGAUAAGGUGAAGGUAGUAAGGGAGACUAUGAAUAAUGCAUUGGAGAUGUGGAAGGUUUUCGCAGGCGAUUUCGAGGAGGUUACAGCUCCAAUUCAAUCUAGAUCUUCUUCAACUGAUAAUGAGAAUGAUCGAUCCUUUCCUACCGUAUCGAAAAGUUCUAAUGAUGCUGUCUUUAGAACACCUCAGACAAAGAAAAAUGUCCCUACAAACAGGUCCCCUCCAUCUAACGGUUCUUUGGUGGCCACUGCCAAAAAGGGAAGUUCUCAAGGUAGAGCUGAGAGAAGUUCAGACACAAUCAAGCUCAGUAAGUUGGACCACAAGAAACCCUCGGAUUGGAAAAUUGAAAUUGCAACGCCAAACUCUGCAUCUUCGAAGGUGUCUCAUGCAGAUGAUAUUGUUAAGAGUGAUUUUAAAGAUGGGGAAUCAGGAAAGAAUGAGCACAAAGCAAAUUGCAUGCCAGAAGAUAAAAGUGUACCCUUCAGUAGGAAUCGUAAUGAAAAAGCACACAAAUUUGGUGGUUUGAGAUCUCGAUCUAGGGUGGUUCCAUUUGAUGAUGAGAACUGUGACUCAGAUGUUGUGCUUAGUAAUCCUGCAGAAGAAGUUUACGAGAGCCCCAAGGAGGCUGAGGAUCUGAAUCUGAUCAGGGCCCAACUCAUUCAGAUUGAAAACCAGCAAGCCAACUUAUUUGACCUUCUCCAGAGAUUCAUUGGAAACUCUCAGAGUGGGCUGAAUUCUCUCGAGACACGGGUACAUGGCCUUGAGAUGGCGCUGGAUGGAAUUUCUUAUGAUUUGGCACUAUCAACUGGAAGGAUUCCAAGCACUGAAUCUGCAGAAAACACAUGUUGCAAGCUGCCUGGUGCUGAGUUCUUGAGUUCCAAGUUCUGGCGUAGAACUGAAGGCCGGUGUACUGCUCCAAGGUUCUCUUCUUAUUCUGGAACACAUCCCUCAAUGAAUACUGGGCCUGAUAAAGACACUGGUGCUGAACCAUAUACAUUUAACCGCCAAAGAUUUCAGCAACAAAGUAGGGGUGCACAUGCAGUUAACUCGAUAACAGAUAGUCAAGGCGACUCAAAGGUACAGACAGGGUACUUUCCAAACAGAACACCAAAGAGCAUACUCCAAGAUGCUGUGAGGGUUCAAAUUUACAAUGCUAGUCGGAAUGAUGGGGUUCCUCCAGCUAAUUGUAUAGCAUCAAGGAACCUAAGCAGAAGGUCAUCUACUUAGAUAGAAUGGAUGCUCAUCUCAGAAUGUUGUGGUGGAUCAACUUCAGAUCAAAGACUUGAGAGACAUGCAUCACGGCUCAUGAACCUGAAGAUAUUAACUUGGAUGCCGACAAGUCUACAUGUAGGACUGUAGGAGCCCUUAUAAAUGGAUGAGAUUUCUGAUUUGGAUGUAGCAUAUCAUACACAGGAGCAGCAUAGCAUAGGGUUCCUUCUACAUUGUCUCCUCUGAAAGGCAGCUUCCAGAUCGAAGUGCAAUUUUACCAGUUAACCAGAGUAGUCUUCAUAACCUUGCCCUAGCUCUAGCCCGACGGCUGGCAUGUGUUCUAUUUAUUACUUACGCGGCUGAACCAUUGCCUGUAAGGGAGGUUAGGUUAAUCUGUACAGAUUUAAAGCUUCUGCAUCAUCUGUUCUUGCCUUGUUAGUCAUAGCUUGCUGUACAUGAUCAAUAAAUUUUCAUUUCUGCAUUAGUAUGAACGUCUCCGGCUCAUAAAUUUCAUCGCAUGGUGCAGAAGAAAAAGUCGGGAAGAGACAGGUGUGGUGUUUUAAGUGUAUAAAAACUUGUCUGUGGUACUAUAGGCCACAUCUUCAAGAAAAAG